AUGAAGAGCACAACAUUCCUCCUCAUCCUCAUCGUAGCUAUUGCCCUCUCCAUAUGCAUAGCGGGUGCCAGAGACCUACCCGAAGACCAUCGUAAGAAGCACGAGCGUGGCCACCAUGAGACGCAUUUAGACCAUCACCAUGAGAAGGAUCACAAAGAUGGCCACCAUCCCCAUGGCCCACAUGAGGAGCAUCAUGAAGUGCAUGAUCAUAGGAAUCACAAGGACAAUGAGAAACAUGAACAUGACAAAUGCGAGAAGGAUCAUAAUGAGCAUGACAAACAUAAAGAGCACGACGAUGACAAACAUAAGCAGCAUCACGAGGUUCAUGACGAUGAGAAACACAAGAAGGAUCAUAAGACUAAGCAUGACGAUGACAAACACACAAAGCAUCAUAAAGAGCAUGAUGAUGACAGACAUAAGAACGAACACAAGGAUCAUCAUGAUGAGAAACACAAGAAGGAUCAUAAUGAGCAUCAUGAUAACAAACAUAAGCAUGCUCACAAGAGGCACGAUGAUGACCAUUAUAAGAGGGAUCAUAGGGAGCAUGAUGGCCGUCAUUAUUGA